UCAUAUUCCCCACUGCACCUGAAGGCAGCGGGAGACUGGAGGUGGAGAGAGAGGUGGAGGAGAAACGGCAGCGAGAGAGACUCGGCUAAGGCCAACACUGCGAGGCGAGCCACCCCACCACAAAUCGAACCUUAUUGCGACAUUGGCGUUACAGAUUACCCCACAUUUAAGCAUUUUCCUCCAGUUAAGAUGUGACUCCACCGGAAUGUUGUCGAGUGUGUUUAAAAAGACAGGCAUGUGUGCCGGUAGCUAGCUAAGUUAACGCGAAGACAAAAAGGGGGCAUCUCUCUGUCUUUGAGCGAGCAGCCACAUCGUGAUACUCGGAUGAGAGUUUCUCUGAGGACCUUUGAGAACCAGCACGGCGAUAACCAACCCCUUCCUCCCCCGCUAACCCAGCUGAACCACCCCGGUCCUGGUUACGACGAAAGCAGAGGAGGGAAAACUAGCAGUUGUCGAAAUGAAAUUCACAGAGCAUCUCUCGGCUCACAUCACCCCGGAGUGGAGAAAACAGUACAUCCAGUAUGAGGCUUUCAAAGAGAUGCUGUAUGCUGCUCAGGACCAGGCCCCAUCUAUUGAAGUCACAGAUGAGGAUACAGUCAAGAGGUACUAUGCCAAAUUUGAGGAAAAGUUCUUCCAGACGUGUGAAAAAGAGCUGGCCAAAAUUAACACCUUCUACUCUGAAAAGCUGGCUGAGGCUCAGCGGCGAUUUGCCACACUGCAGAACGAGCUGCAGUCCUCACUGGACGCCCAGAGGGAGAGCUCAGCCAGUGGGCUCGGCCUACGGAGGAGGAAGACGGUGUUUGCCCUGUCGCAACAGGAGCGAUGCAAACACAGAAACAUAAAGGACCUGCAGCUGGCCUUCUCAGAGUUCUACCUCAGUCUCAUACUGCUGCAGAACUAUCAGAACCUGAACUUCACAGGUUUCAGAAAGAUCCUGAAGAAGCAUGACAAGAUUUUGGAGACAUCAAGGGGGGCUGACUGGAGGGUGGCCCAUGUUGAAGUGGCUCCAUUUUACACAUGCAAAAAGAUCACACAGCUCAUCUCUGAGACUGAGGGACUGGUCACCACAGAGUUGGAAGGUGGUGACAGGCAGAGGGCCAUGAAGAGGCUGAGGGUACCUCCUCUGGGGGCUGCACAGCCUGCUCCUGCUUGGACCACCUUCAGGGUCGGCCUUUACUGUGGGGUGUUCCUCGUCUUAAUAGUCACUGUGGUUAUUGCAGGAGCUGUGGUGAUUGACGAGCCUGAUGUUUGGCCUAUGGUCAGGAUCUACAGAGGAGGCUUCCUGUUAAUAGAAUUCCUCUUCCUGUUAGGUAUCAACACGUAUGGCUGGAGGCAGGCAGGAGUUAAUCAUGUACUUAUAUUUGAACUCAAUCCCAGAAACAACCUUUCCCACCAACAUCUGUUUGAGAUUGCAGGUUUGUUGGGGGUGCUGUGGUGCGUCAGCCUGCUGUCCUGUAUCUUCAGUAAAAACAUCCUGGUCCCAAUGCAGGCCAACCCUCUGGUUCUCUACGGCUUCUUCCUGCUGUUCCUCAUCAACCCCUUCAAGACCUGUUACUACAAGUCACGCUUCUGGCUGCUCAAACUCCUGUUUCGGGUGGUGACGGCUCCGUUUCACCACGUUGGAUUUGCAGACUUCUGGCUGGCUGACCAGCUGAACUCUCUGGUGGUGGUUCUGAUGGAUCUGGAGUACAUGAUCUGUUUCUACAGUUUUGAACUGAACUGGCAAAAACAUGACGGACUCAUUGAAAACGGUCACGGCGUGUGUAAUUCCUACUCCUACGGCGUCCGUGCGGUGAUCAAGUGUCUUCCUGCUUGGUUCCGAUUCGUCCAGUGUCUGCGGCGUUACCGUGAUACCAAGCGGGCCUUCCCUCACCUCGUUAAUGCUGGGAAAUACUCCACUUCCUUCUUUGCCGUUACCUUCUCUGCCCUGUACAGCACACAUAAAGCUCAAGCCCCCGCUGAAGCCCAGAUAUUCUUCUAUUUGAUGAUCGCCUGUUUAGUGGUCAGCUCAUGUUACACACUAGUCUGGGACCUGAAAAUGGACUGGGGUCUAUUUGACCGCAACGCAGGAGAGAAUACCUUUCUGAGAGAGGAGAUAGUCUACCCACACAAGGCCUAUUACUACAGUGCCAUUGUGGAGGAUGUGCUCCUGCGUUUUGCAUGGAUUUUAACUGUCUCACUCAGCACACUCCUUGAGUCAGAUAACAUUGCUGACAUACUGGCCACAGUACUGGCUCCAUUGGAAGUUUUUAGGCGCUUUGUGUGGAACUUCUUCCGACUGGAGAAUGAACACCUGAAUAACUGUGGUGAGUUCAGGGCCGUCCGAGACAUCAGUGUGGCUCCUCUCAAUGCCGAUGACCAGACACUGCUGGAGCAGAUGAUGGACCAGGAGGAUGGCGUCAGGAACCGCCAGGGCAAGAAGAACUGGAAGAGGAGCUACAGCAUGAGUCUACGGAGGCCACGACUUGCCUCACAGUCCAAGACCCGUGACACCAAAGUUCUGAUAGAGGACACAGACGAUGACUCCUGACAUCAGGCCACGCCCCUCGCCUGGGUCCAGAAUUUAUUCAAAGGAGGAAACUCCACCUCCUAAAUAAGGAAUUACCCAGCGAGAGGGCGUUGAACUCUCUUCUAGGGAUGAGUGUUAAACUCUCAUGCCUACAUAAUCUUUUCUCCAAUGCAUGAGCCUCUGCUUGGGUUCAGAAACUUUUCAAGGGAAAAACUUUCUCUUCUUGAACUACCAACCCAGCUAUGUGGCCAUCCUACCUUCAGUAAUAACCAAAGGUGGGCUUAUCACUUAAACUCUACCUUACUCAAGCAGUGGAUGAAACAUUUCACUUUCACACCAACAGCCACCCAGUGGCGGUCUGUUUAACUACACCUACUUGUCAGCCAUUGCUUGGGCUCUCCUCAAAGCCUCCGCUUACCAUGAACAAUGCAGCUAAAUGAAACGCAAGCUGAUCAUCCUGACAUGAAGUGUCCCUGUGCCCUCUCUGUGCCACACAUCUCCCACACAGGGAGAGGCUGGCAACUUCAAGCUACUGCUGUUCUUUAGCUAUUAGACUCCGACACUCCCAGCAUCCAGGUUGUUCUCAGACAGUGGCCUUGAAUAAAUUGUGUACUAUUGGCACCUAAAGAGAUUUGAAGUCACCCGCUAAUUUGGACCUUGGAAUGAACCAGAAGCUUUUUGUCCACAUCAGAUUUAUAAAGGAUGUUACGGGGACAACAGACAAUGCGGACAACCAAUUUGUGAUGCCAAUCAGUCACUGGCUUGACUCCCCUGUGCUCUUCAGCUUACCCAGUCAAAUCAUCACAGAGCUGCCUACCUGCACCUUACACGCUUUAGAGACACAACACAGAAACAUGCACUUUGUAGGAAAAAUGAAUUGGAACCGAUUGCCUACCGUGUUUACACACACAGACACUGAUUUUAUUAUGUUCCAUUCUUCAUGGAGGUGCAACACUUAUUCUUUUUUUCAUACCCUGGGAAGAACACAUGCACACAUACAGACUAGCAAUUAUUUGUGACUGUGGUUGUAAAUAUGUGACAGACCAAAGUAGAAGGUGAUAAAAUAUAAAGAAAAUAUCAAGUAGAAAAAAAGAUGAAGUACUGUGUGCUGAAACAGCAGCAGAAAUGACUGUUCAGCUUUGGAGCUGAGAAGGAAUAUUACUUUUGUUUGUGGAAAAAGAUGAAGACCAUCUUAAUCAUCCUGCAGUGACUCCUACCUUCCCUGUGUGGAAAAAAAACCAUCCUCCACUGGGAAAUGGUUCUGCUGAAUGAAUGUGGACUUAUUCGUGUACAUAUGAAUGAAGAGAUGCCUCGUCACCACCCGUCAGUUCAUUUGGGAUUUGGGAUGAGUUCCAAGGAAUUUUUAUUUUGUCCCAUGAAAUCUUAAUUGACCAACUGAAGACUUUUUGGAAAUAGUAACAGUAACUCUUGUCUUGUAAUUCUGGUUGUUUGAAACGUGGCCAUGAUGAAAGGAGUAGAGGUCACCUGUCUGUCACCUACAUGUCCAAACUGUCACAGUCAAAAGGAUGAUGUUGUUACACAAUUUCCAGUGGAGUGGCUUUUAGACUCAGUCUGUUUGACUACAUAUACGCAGGUGUAACUCAGGUUUAACAGACAGAUAAGAAAUGACAUGUUUGCCUUGAGACAAAAUCUAUUUAAUGUAUUUGUUUGUUUAGUAUAUAAUUAUAAGUCUACUAUAUAUUCUCAUGUAGUAACAGGGAGAACCAGGCCUUUAUUGGGAAUUGUAUUGGGAACCAUCGUUUAUUCCUAAUCUCACCGAUUUACCAGUUAAUAUGCACUCUGAAGCUACUUUGCUUGUUGUCUUGAUAGAUCCAGCAUUGUGUACAGUACAUUUCUGCAGUGUUCUAGACAGCCUCUGCUCCUCUGACUUCCUCUUCUCCAACACAAAUGUGUCUUUCAUUCACCUGGUAACAUCAGUGCUUUACUGUUUUUCCAAUGGCAGCACAUCAGAGAGAAAACUGCAUUUAAUAGUAGGAUGAAAACGGCAUUUCUGUUAAAAGUUUAGCAGCGUGUAUGACAUGGAUAUGUACUGUACAUUAUGCUGAAUUGGUCACGAGUCACUGUCGUUGGCAUCAGAGUGUUUAAAUCGGUCUUUACUAGAUCUGUGUUUAAUACAGUUUAUCCAUUAUUUAAAUAUCAGAUAUGAUGGUGAUCUUUUAUAAUGGCUGAUAGUUCAGAGCCUUGGCUGUGGUUUUCUCUGGAUUUGUCUCUGUGUGACUGUCCAUCAACAGCCACCAUCACAUCGUCUGCAUAUUGCAAAGCUAAUUUCAAGAACUCUUUGUCAUCGUGUCAACGCUUUAAGCUUUACUCUCAGUCUGUGAUGCCAAAUCAUUAGAGCCACAAAAUGAAAUCAUUCUCUUUUGUUUGCUAAAGACAGGUAGUUGUGGUUGCACUGGAGGAAAUAUUUUUUUUCUUAAUGUUUAUAAUAGAGUGAAGGUAAUAGUUUUGUUGCUGUCUUUACACAUUCCAAAAACAGGCUGGCACACAUGUGAUGUGUGUUGCUAGUUGUUCCAAAUUUAGCUCAUUUUGCGGUAGUAGUAACAGUUUAAGAGAAAAUGAAAAUGUAUACAUUCUGUCAAUUCAGUUGCAAACGUUUGGCAUCCCUGGUGUAGAAUUCAUGAAUACUACUUGUGGAAGCAAUUUGGAGUGACUGACUUCAGACAUGCUUCAGACAGCUCAGACUGAAGUCAGUCCCCAGCCCCAGAGCAAUAAGAGUCUCUCAAGGAGUGCGUGUACUGUAAUGCCAAACUUUAUUGUGCUGAUUUUUCCUUGUCUGUCCAGUGUCUAGGUCCUGCUAGAGUCUUAGUUUGUAUCAUCAUGUUUUAGUGGUGCUUUGACCGAAUAGGCAGUAGAACAACUUGAUGUGGAAUGCAUCAGAACAAAUCAUUUGUUGAUUUUACUUUCUGUGUUAUGCUUUUAAUUGGAUCCGUUUUGAAUCAUUUUGAGCUUUAGGUGGACAAAUGAGAGAGCUGUUAUUAUUGGCAAUGUUUUCCUGAUAGAUCAAAGGUUCUCUGUGGUGAUUGCUCUUGUUACUCUAUAUAACUAAUAUUCUUGUAGCAUAACUGUUUCCAGUAUCAGCAGAGAGAAACAAAUAUGCUACAUUCAGCCAGAUAUAUCCGUUAGUAAUAUCAAAUACAGUCAAGUUAUUGGCCAUGAGCUUUGGCCGUUUUCUAGCUUGUUGGUCUUUACUUUCCAUCUUCAUUACUUAAUGACAGAAGUGUUGCGCAAUGGAGUAGAGAACAAUAGCGGACAUGUAUGUAGCCAUAGCCAAAAAAUGGACUAUGGUAGCAACUAUCUGACCAGCUGCAACUAUUCACCAACUGUAAGAAUAAUCCUUACAAGAAAAGCUCCAAAUCAAAAUAUCUGCUGGCUAAAAAUUGCUGUCUCACUUUAUAGUGUUGCCAGGUCUUUACGAUGCCGCCAUAUAGGAAGACGUUCUGUAAUGUAAGAUGACAAUCAGUGUUUUGACAGUUUAGGAAGUAGCUCAGCGUUCUUAAUAACUUGCUUUAAUGUGGCGCUAUGAAGAGAAAUAAGCUGUUAAGUGUUGACGAUGCACUGAAUUGAAAACAUUUCACAUCCAUUUCACAAGAUCUGCUGUUGGAAAUUAGUGUAACGUAUAUCUCUUGAUGCAUUUCCUGGAUUCUUCCUUCUUUCUUGCUGUGAUUUAUUUUAGUAUACUGGUUUCUUUAAAGCCGGUGUUCAUUUUCUUUCAGUGAGGAUAACAUUUAAAAUUGAGUAUUACUUUUAGGCUUUAGUGCUCAGGGUUUUUCUCCCUAUCACAAACUGACACCCACAGAUGGCUACAAAAAAUGAGGACAACUGGAUUGUCGUCCUGUAAAUAUCCCUUAAUCAGAGAGCAUUCCUGUGUGUGGGACUUUUAUUCGUUAAUCCCUCAGGUUUCCAUGUUGACACACAAAUAAAGUUAAAGCCACCCUUGAGUUAUAAAUAGCAUAUUCCACAGUGGCAGGUGAGAGGGGGAUGAGAUGUGAUUAAGAUUAGUACUCAGGAUAUAUUGAGCACAUUAGCACCAUAGCCUGCUAAUUCUCAAUCUGUGUAUAAGCUUCCUGACUGCCUGUCAUGCAGCCCCAUGCUUUUUUGGUGAAAAACUUUUUAUGUAUGUACUGAAAACUAACACCAUGAAUAUCUUUGCUUACCCAUGAUGUGUACACCCAGAGUCCUGCUUUAUCUUCCAGACCCAGGAAAUGGACCAAAUAAUAAGGUUUCUUUUUAUCUUUUUAUCUCUCUCUCUCUCUUUUUUUUUUUGUUUUGUUGUAAUCUUAACAUUUCAGCUGCAGGCAGCCUGACUUAUUUGGACCAUGUCGCACUGGGUUUACGAGAUAGUAAUAAUAUGCACCUUUUUAAUUCUCCUUCUACAUUCCAGGUGAUCACAUGCACUUCUGUUAAACCUGAAAAUUGGUUUUCGGUAAAGAUGUUUUAGAUGACAGGUGACAGACAGGUGAAACCUUCCUGUUUUCCACCAGUAGAGAGUAUGCCUGGGUAUCAGCCCUGAGUAUAAUGUUGGUACGGUCUACUUGGACAUGUUGGGAUCAGUAUGGAUUAAAAAAACAAAACAAAUGUCUGGUCAAAUUUUGUUAUUUUGUUUUUGCCUCCAUAUAGUUCCAGAUUUGAAAUUUUGGCGUUUGGAAGACAGAGAUUGUUAAGAGGUCAUGUCGCCACUAGUAUCAAAAUGUUUUCGAAUACCCAGUCAUAGUCUAGAGUGGUGGAAUCUGUUGAGCCCAACAUACUUUCUUUCAGAAUGUUGUAGGAAUGUUUAAAUACAACACUGUCUGUUCACUUUGCACUGUACCAACUGAUUCUGACCAGAUCUCAAUAACUCCGAGAGUUAAGGAAGCUAUGAUGGGAUUAGACUGCAGAAUAUGUUUGGUCAUUGGCAACUGGAGAGAGCUGAACAGAUGUAUUUGCACAGUCACCAGCCGAGAGACACUUUUGUCCUCAACCAAUCGCCCAUCUCUCCCCACCAUAAUUAUAAUGGAUAAUGUGUGUACGAUACUGACUAUCUUACACCUGCAAAAGCCUAAAAUGACUGUGAACCCAGGUGGCCUGACUGUGCUUCAGCCCAUCGAUGUUCCACCAUAAUAAAAAGUGCACUGUUCUCAUUGUGGACGAUGGGAAAAGAAUUCUGUCGGCGUUCUUUUUGGUCAGAACGUUACAAGGUGUCCAAUGCAAUACAGCCUUGGUUGUCAUCUGCUGACUCUCCAUAAGAUAAAGCUAUGAGCUGUUACGUGUGACUUGCUUUCAGCCCUGACAGUAGAUAUUGUGCAGUCUGAACCCAACAUUACACCCAACACAUGGAGGAUAUUGUUAUUAUUUUGAACAGAACUCAGUGGUAUGUUUGAACACACAUUUCUCCAUGUUAUGAAGAGUUUAAAGAUCUCUGCAGAGGACACAACACAGCAGGCAGCUGAAAGCAUCAAUAGGAAAGCAGGGUUGUUGCUGAAGCCUGAGCUGAGCUGCUUCCAGCUCACUUUUCCACUGCAGCACUGUCUGCUCUUCCAGCCUCCUCUUUUGUCUCUAAACAAGUCUGAUCUUUGUAGCUAUUUGCUGCUGGCUGGUACUUACCCCACACAAGUGUGUUGUCUUUUCUAUCUUGAACACCUGAUGGCCAUGAGUUCUCAUAGAUACACGUCCAUCAUCAUCAUCAUCAUCAUCGUCCUCCUCCUCCAGUGCUCUCUUGACCUCUGGGUCUGCAGAAUAGAAAUAGAACCACUUAGAGCACCAGGAUCCAGGGACAUAAUUUAUUUUUGAAAUAUUUUAUGACCUUCCUACUCCAUAAACAUUUUUCAUUUUGAGGGUAUAUUUGACUUGAAGUAUAUCAUGAUGUAAGACAUUUCAUGCUCACUGGUCCAAAGCUUUCUCAGUGUGAAGCAUAAAGAACGUUGUCAACAUAAUAUUUAAAUCCAAAGUCUCUGAUACCCACAUUUUGACUAGAAUAAAAUGAAGACGUUUUUAGGAUUGCAAACCCAGAGGGAGCUUUCUGAUCCACAUUGUGACCACACAUGUGACACAGAGCUGUUGAUUAUACAAUACAUUAUAUAUUGAUGACCACAUUGAUUAGAAGCAUUGUAUAAUCAGUGACUGUGCUGUGGGUGUUGUCUUGUAUGUACAGUAGCAGCAUUAUGCUACAGAGGUGCCUGGUUCACCAACCCCUGUUACAUUUGUUUUCCAGUAAAAACAGCUCUAAAAGCUCUAAA